CUGGCUUAUGUCUCCAUAGGCGCCGCCUACUGCGUAGUAGGAGUUCCAAUUGUCCAAUAAAGCGCCGUUCGGAAAUAAAAAUGGCCGAGGGUAUCGUACGCUGGGCACACAUGGCAUUGUCCUAUCGCCCAUCACUUCCGCAUGGGCUGUGGCAUCCGAGAUGUCCUGCGGUGCGACACACCACGCUGCAGCCAUAACAGGAGCAAGGCAGCCAUAGCCAAUGCUUCGGGACGGCCAGCGUAUCUCGUCGAUACUCUGUCCGCAACAGCGAGGUCAUCCGGACGGUCAGCAACUCGGAAGCAGCCGACUGGUCUGUCUCGUCAUCUACCGUUUCGAGGCUUCGUCUUCACUAUGUACAUGCAUGGUGCAUGCUAUCUCGAGAAGAGCAAUAAAUAAUCUCAUCCACCGUACGUGCGACUCGGUCUCUCGGCACCCCGUGUGGAACUGGAGCCAUGAAUGGCGCGACAGUUGGUUGUUACGGAGUAUGCAAGCGCCCUAUGGAGAGGAUGUGGAGACCCUGAGGAUACCCCCUCCUCGUUCUGCUGUGCGAACGAAAUCUGAGGCGCCGAAGGCACCAUGCAACUCUACACAGUACCUCGGGGCCUUUGUCCUACACUGGACGACUGCUCUCUCGAGUCUCCCUCUCACUCACCCUCCCGGGUGUGGCACAAACCGGACAACGUGGGCGGCGCAACGCUCGACGCCUAGCGAGAUGCAUCCAGAGAAUCGCCUGGACGCGAGGCCGCAUGCGAUGCGUCUCAACAAAAUGCAUGGCUUUUCAUGGGGCUUGUUCUGUGCAGCAGAAGGUCCCUCGUGUUGUUAUGGCAGCGUUGCAUAUUGGACAAGGGUGAAGCGAGGGGUUGGAGCGGGGCAGAUUAUCUAAUCGGAUAAUCGGCGCAGGGGUUGCUUUCGAGUGCAGGUC